AUGCAGCAGCAAAGAGACGAAAUACUGGAUCGGAGUGACCAGGGAGGCACAUUUUCAUGGAAAUUUGAAGGGAGUCUGCUAUCUCUUGCAGCAAAUUCAUCACGAGAUCGUGUAGCAGUAGUUGGGCGUGAAGUUCUUAAGAUUCUGGAUCUUGAUACCAAUGGAGUUAUAAAUGAAACACAAUUAUGUUCAGGAAACCGAUGGAGCCCUACUUUUUCCUCGUGUGAUGUUAAAUGGGGGUGUGCAGGCACACGUAAUAUUUUAGCAACAGCAUCAACAAAUGGAUCGAUUGUUCUAUGGGAUUUAGUAAAAGCAUACGAUUAUCAUGUGGAUCGGGUGAUUACGGAGCAUUUUCGGUCAGUAAAUAGACUUGCGUUUAAUCAGUUAACGGGAUAUUGGCUUUUAAGUGCGUCUCAAGAUGGGACGAUAAAGUUAUGGGAUUUGAGGGAUAGAAAUGGGUCAUCGAAACAUACGAUGCAAGGAAGAGCAGAAUCAGUGAGGGAUAUUCAGUUUAAUCCUAAUUCUAUGAGCGAAUUUGCAGCAGCAUUUGAAAAUGGGACGGUUCAGCGCUGGGAUAUUCGAAAACCGAAUAUGUAUGAACGUAAAAUCAACGCACAUAGUGGGUUAACGCUUACACUUGAUUGGCACCCAGAUGGACAGCAUAUUGCUACAGGUGGAAGGGAUAAGAUGAUUAAAAUUUGGGAUAUGUUUUCGGAAACGUCUAAACCCAUAUCAGUAAUACAAACUACUGCUCCAGUUAGCAAGAUUGCAUGGAAACCUAUUUCUAAUAAAAGGAAUGGGAAUAUUUGGGGGACAGAAAUAGCGAGCUGUUCUUUAGUUUCCGAUUAUAAAAUAUAUAUUUGGGAUAUACGACGUCCAUAUAUUGCUUCAAGAAUUCUUGAUAAGCAUGAGAAUGUAACAACAGGAAUUGUAUGGAAAGAUGAAAAUUAUUUAUGGUCGUGUUCUAAAGACAAGACAUUCAUACAGUAUUCUGUUUCUGAAGCAAGAAUUCCACUAGACUCUAUUUCUGUUAUCGGUAUGGGUUGGAGUCCACUAGGAAAUCUAAGUAUUGUAUUUCAGAAUCGUUAUGAUGAAAUGAAUUCCAUCAAAACUGAAUAUAUGAAUCCAAUAGAAGAUGAAACUGCGUUUAAUAAGAAAUAUCCUCGUUUAUAUGAUUAUCGAAGUAACAAAACUCUCAAUAAUAUUGCAGGUCAGCUUUAUAAACCGUUGCAAGUUUCUGGAACCGUUAUUAUUUCUGGAUUCGAGUAUUAUUGUUUUGUUUAUCUUGCUCAGCAUUAUAGUAUUACUACAUCACCUAGUGUUUCAAUUUCUCAAGCAUGUGAAAACAAUGCCAAUUUUGCAUUAGCUGUACAGAAAUAUCGUACUAGUCAAACAUGGAGAAUACUUAAAUAUUUUAUAGAAAAUAAAGACUCAACAAAUGUUUAUACAAAUGCUGUAUCCGACGUUAUUGUUAAUGAUACUUCUAACAAGCAAGAUCAUAAAAAGAUUGGCAAAAAAUGUUUCAAAGUAUCUUCACAAGAUAUCAUGGAUGAAACUAAAAAUCAAGUGUUGAAAAAAGUAGGCGUAACUUCCAAAAGUAUAUCAUUAAAAAGCGAUCGCAUUAGUAAGCAUUUUAGGAAUAAUACAGAAUCCAUACUUUUAAGACAAAAUAGUUUUAAUAAGAAAAAUAUAUUUGACCAAAACGAAACGAAAAUAUUUUCAAAUAAUAAUAUAUAUGGAUUACAGAAUUUUUCCGCUGAUUCUGAAAUGGUUUCUCAAAGUUUUAAUUCAGACCAUAGUAUUAGUUCUUUUGGAAGUAAUGAUCAAGAAAAACAAUUACCGAAAUAUUCUGACACUAAAGAUAAUGCAUUUGAUUCCGAACCUAAAUCCUUUAAUACUGAUAUAGCAGAAAGCAAUACUUGUCCAUGGGUUACGGAAUCAGUUAUUCAGGCUGUUGCCGACUAUUAUAGUGAAAAAGGAGAUGUUCAAAUGUGUGCUACUAUUGUUUUGUUAAUGGGUAAAUAUACGAAUUUUGAUGCUCUAAAAGUAGAAAAAUGGCUUACAGAAUAUAUUGAACUUUUGCAAAGAUAUAAAAUGUUUAUAACUAUGACUGAAGUUAUAAACACAUCAUCAUCAUUAUCAAUAAAAGCAUUAAGUCAAACAGAAACAUCUGUCUAUAUAAAUUGUAAUCAUUGUCAUAAACCAAUUACGAACCAGAAAAUAAAUAAAAAUUUUUCAUAUUGUGAGCGCUGUCAGAAGAUACCAGAUGGUUGUAUAAUUUGUAAUAUACCAGUAAAAGGACAGUAUUUAUGGUGUCAGAAUUGUAGCCAUGGGGGGCAUGCUACAUGUAUUAGGACCUGGUUUAUGGAUGGAUACAGUCCCUAUGGUGCCUGUCCUGCUACUGGAUGUUCUCAUCAUUGUGGGUUUUUUGCAUAUAUUGAUGAAAGUUUGUAUAAAUAG